UCCGUGUAUCCCUCUGUUGAUCAACAUGCGUCCCUCUUUGCUUGUACUUACCCCUCUCUUGGCCAUGGCCACCGCGCACGGCCUCACUCAGCUGGAGGCUGCGCAUCUUCUGAAGCGCCAGAGCAGCGGCAACGGCGCCUUCAUCCCCGGUACAACAACCGUCUCCGACUGUCCGGAUGGCUCAAUCCUUUGUGGCACCAGCAACACCUGCUACUUCCCCUCGCGGGGUGACACCUGCUGUCCAGGCGGGACCUGGGCCUGCCCCGGCGACUCCUUCUGCCUUCAGGACCCCUACUGCUGUCCCACCGGCUUGGACCGCGAAACCUGCGCCCAGCAGUACGGCGUGACCCUGACUCCGACCGUGUCGAGUGCCGCGGACGUUCCCGACACCACCACUCAACCGACCUCCGCGCCCUCCGCUCCAUCCUCUUCCUCCACGUCCGUCGAUGAGACACGCAGCAGCAGCAGUAGCAGCAGCAGCUCGACCUCUGUCCCUGUCAUCCCGACCACAACCUCGAGCACCUCCGCGGGCGCUCCGUCCUCCGUGCCGACCUCCACCCCUGCUGUGUCUUCCGCCGCCACCGCCACUGCCACUCCGUCGACUGGACUGUUCACUGGCGGUGCUGUACACGCCCGAGAGAUGGCGGCCGGUGCACUUUUGCUAGGCGGAGUGGGGGUGAUGGCAAAUGUUCUGUGAAUGAGCUUUACUCCGGAAGAAAUGUGUGAUAUUGGCGCGGGUACUGUUAUGGUAAUAUGGUGAGGACUUGACUAGUUGACAGUAGCGUCUUGGAACAACGAUGAGGUUGAUCACGUGUUUGCAUGUCAAAACUAUCUAGGAUCGGAUUUGGAAUUUUUGUGUUGGUUGUAAUCUAGACAAGUUAUCCGACUGACUUGGUGGUCUGGACCCGAUCGCAAGGGGAUAGAAACCGACGGAUGCAGC